AUGUGCAUUACUGGUCCGAGGUGGAGAUAAGGGAGCAUCAUCGUGGGGAGCCCUGUACCGGAGAGCAUGGAGAACCCUGUUGCGGUGGGCAUCAUGGAGGAGCUUGAGGCCCAGAGCGAGGUGUGGAACCACAUUUUUAGAUUCAUCACCUCCAUGUCCGUCAAGUGCGCGGUGGAGCUCAGGGUCCCCGACGCCAUCCACGCCCACGGCGGCAACGCAACUCUCCCUCAGCUGGCCGCCGCCGUCAGCCUCCCUCCCGCCAAGCUCGCCGACCUCCGACGCCUCAUGCGCAUGCUGGUCCACGCCGGCUGCUUCACCAAGCAGGAAGACGACGUGUACGCCCUCACGCCAUGGUCGAGGCUCCUGGUGAGCUCCGAGCACACCUCGGUGGCCCCGUUCGUGGUGUGGAUGCUCCACCCGCUCAUGGUCCAGUCGUGGCACUCGCUGGGGGCGUGGUUCCACGGGAGGGCGCCCACGCCCUUCGCCGCGACCCACGGGAAGGGGAUCUUCGAGACGACACGCGAGCAGCCGGGGUUCGCGGCCGUCUUCAACGAGGCGAUGGCGAGCGACUGUCGGCUGGUGGGACAGGUGUUGGUAAAGAAGCGUGCGGAGGUGUUGGAGGGAGCGCGGUCGAUGGUGGACGUGGGUGGCGGCACGGGCACCCUUGCGGCGAUCGUGGCCGAGGCCUUCCCGCACAUGAAGUGCACCGUCCUCGAGUUGCCCCACGUCGUGGCCGCGGCCGCGGGCGCCGGCAAGCCGAACAACUUGGAUGUUGUUGGGGGAAACAUGUUCGACCAUAUACCAUCGGCUGACAUUAUGUUACUCAAGUGGAUCCUGCACGACUGGAAAGAUGCGGAAUGUGUGAAGAUAUUAAAACGCUGCAGGGAGGCAAUACCAUCCAAGCAAAACGGAGGCAAAGUCAUCGUGAUCGACAUUGUUCUCGCGGGAGACGAAGGCAGCAAGUCUGAUAAGUCGAGGGAGUCACAGUUGUUCUUAGACAUGCUGAUGAUGACAGUCAGUGGAGGGAUGCAAAGGGAGGAACACGAAUGGCGUAAGAUCUUUACGGACGCUGGUUUUUCGAGCUACACGAUCAAAGGUAUGGGAUUGCGCUCCUUGAUCGAGGUUUAUCCUUGAUGUUUAUCGCAAGUGAAUUUUAUUAAUGGGGGUCAGUCAAACAAUAAGCUCCUCCAACAAUGGUAAGUUGAAAACAUCUGUAUGUUACCGAAUAAGGUGAUGCAAGAUUCAAUGCCUUCUUCAGCAGUCUUACAUUCAAUGCCUGAGAGUCAAAGCCAGCGAUUGUUUUAAGUCCAACCAUAUGUAUGACCUAUGAAAGUGCCAAAAGAAUAAAAAAACUUGAUGACCUAUCAA